ACCCUUACCGUGGUCGCGCUCACAGGAUAUAACUCAAUCUACGCAUAUAAAAAGAAGAAAAAAAGAGUGAAGCACUUUCAAUUCCAAACUUUUGCUUCGUGUCUGCGUUUUCCCCCAAAACGAAGCAAAACCCACUGCUCCGCCGUGUGCGGUGGUGAUUUCUGAUCGGAAAAUCGAAACAUGAAGAUUAACGUCAAGACUCUCAAAGGGACUCACUUUGAGAUCCAAGUGAACCCUAAAGAUACGGUUGGUGAUGUGAAGAAGAAUAUAGAGGUAGUGCAAGGUGCUGCUAUUUAUCCUGCUCCACAACAAAUGCUUAUUCAUCAAGGGAAAGUGCUUAAGGAUGAAACUACUUUGGAAGAAAAUCAAGUUGCUGAGAAUAGUUUUGUUGUGAUCAUGUUGAGCAAGAAUAAGGUAUCAUCAAGUGGAGCCUCAGCUGCUUCAUCUGCACCCUCAAACCCAGCUGCCCCAGCUGCAAGUUCUUUGCCUCCUUCAUCAACACCUCAGCCUCCUGCUUCUACUGCCAGACAGGGAGAAUCCAAUCCUGAGCAAGCUCCUGCUGUAACUCCUCCCACUAAUGUGGUGUCCAACACGUAUGGCCAAGCAGAAUCUAAUCUCCUUGCUGGAAGUAAUUUAGAAUCAACUAUUCAGCAGAUUCUAGAAAUGGGGGGAGGAAGUUGGGAUCGGGAUACUGUGAUCCGCGCUCUUCGAGCUGCAUUUAACAAUCCUGAAAGAGCUGUUGAAUAUCUCUAUUCUGGCAUCCCCGAACAAGCUGAAGCUCCAGCAGUUGCUGCAUCCACCAAUGUUGGACAGGCAGAAAACCCUUCAGUCCAGGCUCCACAACCAGCUGUGCCUACUGGUGGGCCCAACACCAACCCACUGAACUUGUUCCCCCAGGGCAUUCCCAAUUUGGGUGCAAAUGAAAAUGCAGGUGACUUGGAAUUCCUGCGUAACAGUCAACAGUUCCAAGCAUUGAGAACAAUGGUGCAAGCAAACCCUCAAAUCUUGCAGCCUAUGCUUCAGGAACUGGGAAAACAAAAUCCAAACUUAAUGGAGCUCAUCCAAGACCAUCAAGCUGACUUCUUACGUCUUAUAAAUGAGCCUGGAGGAGAAGAGAACCUAGAGGGUCAGUUGGGUUCUCUUGCGCCUAACACCAUCACUAUCACCCCAGAAGAGAAUGAGGCCAUUCAACGGCUUGAAGAUAUGGGAUUUGAUAGAGAUCUCGUGUUGGAGGUGUUCUUUGCUUGCAAUAAAAAUGAGGAUCUUGCAGCCAACUAUCUAUUGGAUCACCAAAAUGAGUUUGAUGAUUAGUCAAAAUUCUAGUUCAUCUUUAACUGGUAUUUCUGUGUCAAUUAUUUGUGUUCUGAACUAUUUGGAGAAGUGAUAUUUUAUACUUUUUAUUGUCUUGGGAACUAUAGUAUCUGUAAAUUUUUCAACACCAUUGACUAGAGAUUAGAAUCGUGUUGAGGAUAGACCAUAGAUUUAUUUAUAUAUUAUUUCUUCUCCAAUUGUA